UCAAACCCACCGCGACCUAAACAGCACCAGGGGGGAGAGGAGGGAGGAGAGCCGCAGCCCGCAGCAGCAGCAGCAGCAGCAGCAGCAGCCCCGCUUUCAGCCUGCAUGGGCUAGUCGGUUAGCUAGCUUAGCAUCGUCCGACUGCGCCGCAACCGCCUCUCCGGGUUGUUAUCUCCGUGUUUUCCUCUCCGUCCCCCCGCCUGCCCCCCGCCCGGCUUCAAGAUGAUGAAGUUUAGGUUUCGUCGGCAGGGCACCGACCCGCAGAGGGAGAAGAUAAAACAGGAGCUUUUCGCCUUCAACAAGACUGUGGAGCAUGGGUUCCCUCACCAGCCCAGUGCUUUGGCCUUCGACCCCAAGCUGCAACUUAUGGCCAUCGGGACAAAGUCAGGAGCCAUCAAAGUCUACGGGUCUCCUGGUGUGGAGUUCACAGGACUACACAAAGACACAACUGCUGUCACACAAAUCCACUUCCUGCCAGGACAGGGCCGCCUGCUGUCUCUGCUGGAUGACAACACAAUUCACCUGUGGGAGCUGGUGGCCGGGGCCCCGAAAGAGGUGGGAGGGGUCAAGAGAGAAGGCGUGGUCUCUCUACAGGAAGUGAACAGCUACAGUCUCCCAGGACGACCGGGAAUUGAGAGCUGCAGUGCCACUCGGGUGACUGUCCUCCUCUUGCUGAGGUCAUGCGACCUGCUUUGCAUUGGAACAGAGGGAGGGGGCGUGUACUUCCUUGAAUUGCCCCGCCUCUCACUGAAGGACAACCAGACGCUGCUCCAGGAUCAGGUCAUGCAGAGCCUGCCAGAUGACUACAGAUGCGGAAAGUCCUUAGGGCCGGUGGAGUCUCUUCAGGAACAUCCUCAGCAGUCAGGGAAGAUUCUGAUUGGCUACAGCCGGGGUCUGGUCGUCCUGUGGGAUCUGAGCAGCCGUCAUGCUGAGCAGCUCUUCCUGGGCAAGCAGCAGCUGGAGAGUCUUGUGUGGGAACGCUCUGGAAGCUUAUUUGUCAGCUCUCAUAACGAUGGCGGCUACUCUGUGUGGGCUGUUACUAAUGGCAACACCAACAACCACCAACCAGUGUCCUCCACCAUCCCAUAUGGUCCGUUUCCCUGUAAGGCCAUCAACAAGAUCUUGUGGAGAACAACGCAGGCAGGUUCUCCAGUGUUGUUGUACAGCGGAGGGAUGCCCCGAGCCAGCUACGGUGACCGCCACUGCCUGACCAUUCAACAAGACAAAGACCACGUCACUCUGGACUUCACAUCCCGAGUCAUCGACUUCUUCACGGUCCACAACGUAGAGCAAGGAAAAGAGUUCGAUGAUCCGUCUGCGUUGGUCGUGUUACUAGAAGAGGAGCUGGUUGUGAUUGACCUACAGACCCCCGGGUGGCCCACUCUGCCCACUCCCUACUUGGCUCCUCUCCACUCCUCAGCCAUCACCUGCUCCUUCCACGUCUCCAAUGUCCCUCCCAAACUCUGGGAGAGGCUGGUCAACGCUGGCAAAGCACAGCAGAGCCGGCAACAGGCACACGGGACUUGGCCCAUCUGUGGAGGGAAAAACCUGGCUCCUCCACCCAAACAACAAGAACUGCUAUUGACAGGGCAUGAGGACGGCACUGUGCGUUUCUGGGAUGCAUCAGGCGUUGCUCUUACUCCACUGUACAAACUCAGCACAGCCAAUGUCUUCCACACCGACUGCGACCCUUGCGACGAUCCUCAGGACCCCAGCGAUGACCCCGACAUGCAGCAGGAGGAGGAAUGGCCUCCCUUCAGGAAGGUGGGCUGUUUUGAUCCUUACAGCGACGACCCCAGACUGGGCAUCCAGAAGAUCAGUCUGUGCAAAUACAGCAACAAGCUGGUGGUGGCUGGAACCGCUGGACAGGUGAUUGUUUUGGGUUUGAGUGACGAGCGUUCGGACCACUUGGUGGACGUAUCUGUGGUCGACCUGCUGCAAGACAGGGAGGGCUUCACCUGGAAGGGCCAUGACAGGCUGGAGCCGCGCCUCAAACCCGCCCCCUUCCCUCCGGGCUUUCAGCCGCUGAUGCUGGUGCAGUGCCUGCCCCCGGCCUCUGUUACAGCGGUGGCUUUACAUGCUGAGUGGAACCUGAUCUCCUUCGGGACAAGUCAUGGAUUUGGCCUGUUUGACUACCACAGGCGAAAUGCUGUGCUGGCCAGAUGUACCCUUCACCCUAAUGACUCCUUGGCGAUGGAGGGGCCUCUGUCCAGAGUCAAGUCCUUGAAAAAGUCCUUACGACAGAGCUUCAGACGCAUCCGUAAGAGCAGGGUGUCGGGGAAGAAACGUGCCAUCUCAACACCCACCAGCAAGGUCCAGGAGGCCAACGCUGCUCUUGCAGAGCAGGAGGACGUGGCUCCGAUUCAGCGAAGGAUUGAACCCCGAUCAGCGGACGACUCGCUGUCUGGAGUGGUCCGAUGUCUCUGCUUUGCUGACACUUUUCUACGUGACGGUACACACCACGGCCCCACUCUAUGGGCGGGCACCAACUCGGGCAGUGUGUACGCCUACGCUCUGGAGGUGCCUGGCAUCGGCUCUGGGCGUGUGUGUGAGCGGGGCGGAGCUGGCGAGAGCAGUGUGUGUGUGGAGGCGGUGUUGGGUAAAGAGAUCCAGCUGAUGCACAGGGCCCCCGUGGUGUCGAUUUGUGUGUUGGAUGGCCGGGGGAAACCGCUACCGGACCCGUACGAAGCCUCCCAGGACCUUGCCAUCGCGCCGGACAUGACCAACGCACACUCUGUCCUCAUCGCCUCAGAGGAGCAGCUAAAGGUGUUUUCUCUCCCCAAGGUGAGUGCAAAGACAAAGUUCAAGCUGACGGCACACGAAGGCUGUCGGGUGAGAAAGGUGGCGCUGGUGUCGUUCAGCUCCACAGCUCAGGAAGACUACAGCGAACACACACUGGUCUGCCUGACCAACCUGGGCGACAUGCAUCUCUUCAACAUACCUGGCCUCCGACCACAGGUGCGCUACGACUGCAUCCGUAAAGAAGACAUCAGUGGAAUUGCAUCGUGCGUCUUCACCAAGAACGGACAGGGGUUCUAUCUGAUCUCUCCGUCGGAGUACGAGAGGUUCUCGCUGUCUGCCAAAGUCCUCACUGAACCAAUCUGCUCUGUUCAGCUGGACCGACCGCUAGAGCCCACACCUGCCAGCGAUGGUACGACGACGCUGCCGCAGGCCAACGGAACCCACAAGAACCAGAUGGGUCAGGCUGAGGGGCAGGCAGAAGAACCUCCGAGCAACUUGUCCUCUCCCAUCCUGGACACCCCGCUCGACUCCCCCCUCAGCUGUGCUGACCUCACCCUCGACUCCACUGGAGAAAUCACUGUGGAGGACGUCAGGGAUUUUCUAACCACUGUGGACGAGGUGGAGAAUAACCUAAAGAACAUUAAAGAGGAGGAGGGACGCUCGCCUGGGAUCCUCAUUAACUGAACAGUAUUAUAGGGAGGGGCUCCGGUGGUCUGGAUGGACCGGAUUUCAGUGCAGGACCACAAACAUCUCCCAUCAUCCCACUGUGGAGCCCCGAGCCUGCACUCUGCACUCUCCUGUCAGCCUGGCAAAAACAGGGAGGAAAGCCUUUAUGCAAAGGACAAAGAAUACAGCAUGAAAGACUCUUGUUGUUUGUUCCUCUCACUGGAAGAACUACAUCUUCUUCUUCUUCUAUAACCACUUUGGAAACGUGACAUUGCCUCCCACAUGGAGACACGGACAGCCCACUAGCACAGUGUGGCACCUGGAUGGACUCGGAGCUGAUUCUGAUUUCAAGCUCUGAAAACUUAACUAUCAUCAUCCAUCUUGACGCUGUGUGCGAUCAUUCCUUCUUGGCCCUUCUGGUGGCAAUUCUGCCGGCGUAAUGAUUGCGGCUUAGCCUUCGAGGAAAAGGCUCACCAGUUCUGUGUUUUUAUUUUUCUAUCCACAGUUUUGUGGCGUGCUGGGAUCGGUCUGAGGUUUCCCCACUGUUGGAACUGGAAUUGGCGCUCAGUCGCCAAAUGCGCUUGUUGAUUCCUCGUGCACACCAGUGGAUGUGUUGGAUUGUUCUGCACGCUGCUUAACACCACCACAGCCCUGUGAGUGACCCGCGUUUACGAACUGAGGCUUUCCAGCAGAGACUGAAAGGGAGCAUCGGAGAGUUUAAGAGAGUAAGACGAAGACAUGAAGUAUUUUGAAUAUUCCGAGUAUUGAAGGCUGUGAAAUUUGUAUUCUUCCCCUUUUUGGUGCCGUGCAGUUCAGUCGCUUCACCUGGCGUCCUGCUUGGGUCGAGGUGCUGCAUAAAUCAACUGUUUCCAAAUCAAUGUUAUUACAUACAAGCACAUUACCACCGAGGUUCUCAGAAGUCUGUUCUCUUGGUUUUGAAGAAGAAAGGACUUGGAUAAAAAGGCGGUUUUUUUGUUGUUGUUUUUUUUGUUUUUUUUAAAUACAAAGACAUGUUCUAUAACAAAAGUUUUGUACGGCUUUUGGAGAAAGUAAAGAUAUUUUAAUGACAAAGAGACGGGAAGCACGAGGAAAGAGUUCACGGCACUUUCAAAGCUGGUGAAGAGGGAAGCACAGGCGGUACGAUGUAUUAAGGAAUAGAGCAGAUGUAGGUGAAAUAAUAUUUUUGGAAUACCUUCUACUGCUAAAUGCAUGGCCUGAGUUGCAAAUAUGUUCCCCAACUUUCAGUCAAAAUUUAAGUCAAGACCUCAGAGUUCAUUGCGAUCGUUGUUCUAGUUUGGUGAAAUCAAAAUUGACGAAUGCACAGCAAAAUCAAAGAGAAGGUAAAGAAUGUGCAAAAAGAGUUCUUAAAUCCUCUGUUACAUCAUCUCACGCAGAAAUCUUUUUGACGGGACUCAGGGAAGUGUGGCAAGAGAAGCAAAGUCAGUCUGAAUGCGAAGUGUAACGUACUGUGUACUAUGAUGCACCCAGGAGAUUUCUUUUGUGGGUUUCUGUGAAUCGGUGCAUUCUGGGUAAUAUUGGCUAGAUGCAGAGCUGUGAUCACCAGUAUUUUUAACCCUUUAAAAAAAAAAGUUUUACUGUGUAAAAAAAUUAUAUAUACAAUAUCUAUACCUAGGUUUACAGAAGACAGGUUUAUAAAGGCAAGCCGAUGAUAGAGCAAAGCAUUAGAACUUUCUAGAACCUGUUGUAGCCUAAAAACCGCUCAGUAUUCAAGCUUUUUGAUCACCUCACGUAAAACAAAAUAAAAACUAAAAAAGGGACCUCACAACUAACUAAUGUAGCUCAACUCAUAGGAAUCAUGGUAAUGCUUCUUUUUUUUUUUCACUUUUUUGUUAGCUUGUUUUGGUGCUCUGGUUGACACAAAUAAUUAACCCAUUGAUGCUACAGCUGGCACAACUUAUCUUUUUAAUUCCACAAUUAAGAUUAAUUUGUCUCUACUCUGUCAUUCAUUUUUGUGUGUAGGAUUUUAAUUGGGUCACUUAGCAUUUUGGCUGAUGAAGAAUUGUGAAUGUUAAUAAAAUUAUUUACUCUCUCUA